AUGUUGUCUUCUAUCUUGACCUACCUCAUCCCUCUGUUGUCCAUAUCAACGCCCGCAGCAGCUGGAGCUAGUCAGUCCCAGAGCUCAGCUGCCGGGAACACCACAGUGUCUUCAUAUCGCAAUGCCGUUUACUUCACAAAUUGGGGUAUCUACGGUGCCAAUUUCCAACCCCAACAGCUUCCCGCUUCACAGAUAACCCACGUGUUGUACUCUUUCGCAGAUAUCAAGCCGGAUGGACAAGUAAUACUAACGCUUGGCAGAGUAUCUUCGGACACUUAUGCAGACUUAGAGAAGCAUUAUCCUGGCGACUCAUGGAGUGAACCAGGCGAGAAUGCCUACGGCUGCGUCAAGCAGAUGUACCUUCUCAAGAAGAAGAACAGAAAUAUGAAAUUUCCUCCAGUUGCCGCUACCGAGGAAGGACGACGGAGGUUUGCUUCUUCCGCCGUGAAGCUUGUGCAAGAUUGGGGCUUCGACGGCCUCGAUAUCGAUUGGGAGUACCCAACCAACGCGCUCGAAGCACGGAACUUCGUCCUCCUCCUCCGAGCCUGCCGACAAGCCCUCGACGACUACGCUCGACAAUAUGCCCCCGGCUACCACUUCCUCAUCACCAUCGCUGCGCCCGCCGGACCCCAACACUACGGCGUCAUGGACCUUCCCGGCAUGAACCCGUACAUUGACUCCUGGCAUCUGAUGGCGUACGAUUAUGCUGGCUCAUGGGACUCGACCACGGGACACCAGGCCAACCUCCUCUCCAACCCCAAGAACCUUCUGAGUACCAAAUUCAACACCGACCAGGCCGUCCGCGACUUCAUCCGGCGCGGCAUUCCCGCAAGCAAGAUCGUCCUCGGCUUGCCCUUCUACGGGCGCUCGUUCGAGAACACCGACGGACUGGGUAAGCCGUACAACGGCAUCGGCGCUGGCACGUUGGAGCCAGGGACGUGGGUCUACAGAGACCUUCCGCGGCCCGGGGCGAAGGAGGAGUACGAUAACGUGGCCAAGGCCAGUUACAGCUACGACGCAGCCUCGCGGGAGCUCAUCUCGUAUGACAAUGUCCUGAGCGCUCUGGUGAAGACGAAGUACAUCUUCCUCAGGGGACUGGGCGGCGCGGUGUUCUGGGAGGCGAGUGGCGAUAAGACUGGUGCGAAGAGCUUGAUUGGGACAUUGGCGACUCAGAUGAAGAGGCUGGAUCAGACGAAGAAUUUGUUGUCGUAUCCGGCUAGUAGGUAUGCUAACAUUCGGGCUGGUGUGCCGGGGUCGUGA